CUCCCCUUCUGCCCUCCCUCCAUUCCACAAGUGUUGCUUUGCUUUCUCCGGCGCACUUGGCGAGCUGGAGAGGCGAGAGGAUCCUGCAAGCGGACGCGGGGCGGCGAGUCCCGAGCCGCAGGCGGACGGGAAGCGCGCACAGACCGACUCUCCCCAGCUCUCCGCCCCCGCCUCCCACUGUGGCCGGCCGGACCUGCACCCCGCGCUUGCCCCAGCUCCUCCUCCCCCCUCCCGGCCUGGCGCGCUUCUCCCCGGCCGGCCCCUCGCCGCGCGGCGCGCUGGAGACGAACGCAGGCUGAGCCGAGCGCAGUGGCCGCCGACCACCGAGCGCCCCGCGCGGCUCCCUGCAUGUGCGGCCCGCGGCGGCUCGCAGCCCCCGGCAGCAGCCUCGGCAGCUUCGGCCGCGCCUCGAGAGGCAGCUGCAGCGGCUCCAGCAGCGGCCGAGCGGUCGAGCCUGGGCUGGGAGACAGGAUGCGCCGCGUCCUCCGGCUGCUCCUCGGCUGCUUUCUCACCGAGCUGUGCGCCCGCGUGUGCCGGGCGCAGGAGCGAGCCGGGCACGGGCAGCUGGCGCAACUGGGCGGCGUGUUGGUGCUCACUGGGGUUAACCGCUCCGGGGCCGCCUCUGGCGAGGCCGGCGAGGACGCCGGGGUAUCAGACGCGCCCCCGACUCGGGCGCCCACGCCGGACUUCUGUCGGGGCUACUUCGAUGUUAUGGGCCAGUGGGACCCGCCGUUCAACUGCAGCUCGGGCGACUUCAUCUUCUGCUGCGGGACUUGUGGCUUCCGGUUCUGUUGCACAUUUAAGAAGAGGCGACUGAACCAAAGCACCUGCACCAACUACGACACGCCGCUCUGGCUCAACACUGGCAAGCCCCCUGCGCGAAAGGACGACCCCCUGCACGACCCCACCAAGGACAAGACCAACCUGAUCGUCUACAUCAUCUGCGGGGUGGUGGCUGUCAUGGUGCUCGUGGGUAUCUUCACCAAGCUGGGGCUGGAGAAAGCGCACCGGCCCCAAAGGGAGCACAUGUCCAGGGCACUUGCAGAUGUCAUGAGGCCACAGGGCCACUGCAACACUGAUCACAUGGAGAGAGACCUUAACAUUGUCGUUCACGUCCAGCACUAUGAGAACAUGGACACGAGAGCCCCCAUAAACAACCUGCACACCACCCAGAUGAACAAUGCAGUACCCACCUCUCCCCUGCUCCAGCAGAUGGGCCAUCCACAUUCGUACCCCAACCUGGGCCAGAUCUCCAACCCCUAUGAACAGCAGCCACCAGGCAAAGAGCUCAGCAAGUAUGCCUCCUUGAAGGCAGUCGGAAAUUCUGAUGGUGACUGGACAGUGGCGACACUUAAGUCACCAAAAGCUGACAAGGUCAAUGACGACUUCUACUCCAAGCGACGGCACCUGGCUGAGCUGGCUGCCAAGGGGAACCUACCUCUUCACCCGGUAAGAGUGGAGGACGAGCCCCGGGCCUUCAGCCCUGAGCACGGGCCUGCCAAGCAGAAUGGACAGAAGUCUCGCCCCAACAAGAUGCCCCAACACCCCCUGGCCUACAACUCCACCGCCAGCUUUAAAGGCUGGGACCCCAAUGAGCAGUCUCUCCGGCGGCAGGCGUAUGGCAACAAGGGCAAGCUGGGCGCAGCCGAGUCGGGCUCCAGCGAGCCCUUGGGAACUCGCUCCCAGCACUAUCCACCCACACAGCCAUACUUCAUCACCAACAGCAAAACGGAAGUGACUGUCUGAGUUGUCGCUGCAGAGAGCACCCUGGAGACCACACUCAACUGAGAGAGGCAAAAAACAUCCCGGCCCACACCAUCCCUGCCCUGCCCUGCCCUGCCCCUCCGCACGCACCCACACUCACUCCCAAUGGGAACCGACUGCGGACCUACUGGUGAUGCAGAAUCACGCUUCUCCUAGGUCAUGCCUAAAGCGUCAGGUGGGGGAAGAACUGAAGCAUGGACAUUCAGCAAUACCGAAAAGGGGAAACUGAGGCACAGUCAGCUUCAGGCCCAAGGUGGCCAACUCACAUGCCCAAACCAUGGGGCUAAUUUUUCUUUUCCUCCUAACUUGAAAGUGAAAUCCAUGAUGAAAAAAAAUAUAGACAAGUAGCACAAUUUAGAGAAAUUGUCCACUGGAGCACAUAUGUCAUUUGGCACGUGCUGUCUGUUUCUGGGUGAAAGGCAAGUAGAGAAAGAAUGAGGGUGGACAGAAGACAAGACUGCACUUUAGAGAGGAGUUGCCUUGGGAGGAAUAUGUCCACAUUAUAAGCAUUUUCUAAUCCCAAGAAGUGAUAUGGAUACAAAAUGGUGACAAUUGUGGGACAGUAACCGGACCCCAACCAUUGUAUCAAUAGUACUUUUCAUAUCAAUGUUGAAAGCAAAAAAAACCCCACAACACUCAAAAUCACAAAAAAUAAAUGGACCCUGAACCCACUGACAGCGAUGGGAAAGAAAGAGCGUUUUGGAGGACUCCCGUAGAGCCCAUGAGCAUGGAAAUGGGAGAGACAGGGCUUAUGGCUGGGAGAGGGUCCAGAGAGAGUACUAAACGACGUUUCAAAGGGACCAAUAUAAGCCCACUACAAAACAGGCAAGAACAGCAAAUAAACUUCUGUUCAAAAUCUUCAAGACUUGGGAAAUCAGAUCGAUAACAACAACUACAAAAACUACAUUUGGAAAAGUGAACAGAGAAGGGAUGAGGACCCAGAAGCCUCUGAUUUCUGGUGUUUCUCCCUCACCUCCAAGGCCUGAAACAGCCACAGAAACAAGUCCUCUAUUAACUGUUUAUCUCCGAUUUCCCAUCCCCUUCAGCGCAUUCCUGCCACCACUGCCAAACUUCAACUGCUUUGGACUGAAAAUGUUAUAAGCGUGGGUGGUGCCUUCAAUGUGUUGCUGUUGUUUGAUGACAGUCUUGUUUCUCAAGUGCAACCUGUGUUCUUUUAGCCUUCCUCCCUCUUGUUUUUCUGCAGGAGUAGACAUUGUUUCCAUUCUUCCUUUGUAGGUGAGCCCAGCCCAUAACGCCCCUGAGGGGGCUGCUGCAUUGUCAGCAGUCCCUAAGGACACUCCCACUCUUCCCUCGUUCCUCCCAGUCACCUCCCCGGACACCCUGUACCUUCAUCAUUCACUCAGAAUCUCCUGAGGAUGUCUUUGAGACUGGUUCUUAGAACCAGUAGCCCUGGGAUGUCCCAACAAAAGCAGUUUUCCUAAAAGUCCUCUUUGUGUAGUGAAAGUCCAGAGAGGUGCAUGGAGGGAGAAGAGAAUAUCAUAUAAAGUGAGAAGUUUCCAACUAGCCCCCGAACAUCUUAGCUAAUUAAUAGGAACUCCAAAAAACCCACAGUUUCUUUUGUUGUCAGAAACUGCAAAUGAUCUGAUCAAAGAACAGAGCAUUUCUUGCAACAUUCUGCCUCCCAUCUCUCCAGUCUGGCAUCACAGAAUCAGCACAACCAGAUACUUAUUCUCCCCCUCGCUCUCUACAGAUGUGAAGACACUGACAAUGCCUUUGAUCUCUCUGGGCCUUAGCUUCCUAUCUGAAGAAUUGGGACUAGGUCAAGCUUUUCGAGCUUUUUGAAAUAUCAAACCCUCUGCCCGUUUCUAAAUUGAAACCUUGCAAAGAACCUACUAUAUAAGGUUUCCACGUAUAAAGAGAUGUGGUGAAAGAUGUAGCAGGGGCCAGAGACCCCUUCAUGCUGAGGCCCUAGCACUCACCGAAGUCAACAGUAGGGUCAAUAGUGCCGGGCAUGGUCAGUAUUCCUUUGCCAUUAGUUAGCUGUUGACCUGUAACACAUGUAGGGAUCUCUGUGUAUCAUCAUCACAAUAUUUAUAUCUAAAUUGAUUCACUUUUAAUAUGUUAUUUUUAAAAGGACAACUUCCUACCUUUAUCAUAAAUAGAAAACCAGCGUCAUUUGCCAUACACAGAAACUAAGAAUUAAAAGAAGUGCAAAGAGAAGGCAGCAGUGAUGAAAUUCCAGCUAAGUACUGGUACCUGUGGAAAGGUUCACACCCUAAAGUCGGGCACAUAAUUGCUCUAUUAAAAAGAAAUUAGGAAGUGUUAUAGUUGUUCAAGAUACCAGUACCCAGUGGAAACUUUCCUUGGAUUAAUCAGAUGAACUGAAGGGUAAAUUAAAAAGGAAUCUUUCCUUCAGGUGAGUCUGUGUUAAAUAGUGCUAUAUCCAUUGUACACUACAUAUAAUCAUUUUGCAUAAACUAAUGGUACACAGCCCACACCUAAGGAAAUACUGGGUUUAUCUAGGAGGCUCCUUCCAGCUCAAAGGUUCUAUGAUUUUUUUGCCUCCCUCCUACCUUACCUUUGGUCUUUACCCUCUACCCGCUUUAUCUUGCCCAUAUCUUAACUCUAAUUAAGGGUUUUUCUUGGUCCCUGAGUCUGUAGUGUGUUACUUUUUCCUCUUGCUCCUCCCUUUUGAAGUAAACUCCAUCCAGUAAAGUCGGAGCUUUGGAAUCUGCAGAUCUAAUUUUGUCAGCAAAGAUAAAGCCUGUUACAUAAGAUGAGGAAGCCCAUGAUGAAGCCCAGGAAGAACAAGUACUUCCUAAGUGGUACUCUCCAAGAAGGGCAACCCAGGAAGUACUUCCAUCACAGCACCUUCCACCGAGGGAGACGGCUUAGGGGGAUGAAUUGAGGAGGGAAGUUGGGACAGGGAAGGCCUGUUUAUCCUUUGACUUCCUCUUGGAAGUGUAGACAGACCUCAUGAUACUGACACUGGGGUGAUCUGUGGAGCUACAUAUGACUGCCAAUUCCAAGGCAAGGAUCCUACAGCAAGGGUGAGGAGACCUAGGAAAGAAAACCCAGAUGGAAACAGACGGUCCUCUCCUCUUUCCACGCCCUGGCACUAGCCUCUUCUUCUCUUUGGCUGUCCGCUGAUUUCCAACCCAGGGGGGCCAGUCUGGCUUUCCUUUGCCUUCCCAGAGUGUCUCAGCCUCCAUUUGCCUUGGGCUCUGCCUGGCAUCCCCAUCUAAUUCCUCCAGUUUUUUUGUGUAAAUGGAGCAUAUUUUAUGUGCAAAUAUUUUAGUAACCGUAUGUUCUGCAAGUAAACCUGUGUUAAUACUUGUCACAACUGCAGAGUUUAUGAUACCAAUAAUACUUCCUACAAUGAAGAAAAAACAUGUUUGUUUUCUAAGAAUGUUUAUUUGUAAACAUAUGUAUUCACUAUAUUAAUAUGAAUUUCUUACCUGGCAAUAAAACUGAUUAUAUGUGA